CGCGCAAUGUCUCAACAGAGCCACAUGACGUGUUUUACUGACACUGAUCGGGAGCGCGCACUGCUGUAGCGCGGGUCUCUCCACUCGCUCACGGGUUUCCUUCGCGAACGCGCUUUGGCAAUAUCAACACAUAUAUGUGAUUGUACAUGUUGAUUCAUGCGAAGGGGAGGAGCAUGUUCAUGUCAGAACCAGAAGAAGAAAGAAUCUGAUCAAACCUGAACUGCAGCUGACUCCUGGUGAGUUUAUCAUUCCUCAACAGCGUGUUUAAUGCAAACCUGCUCCAUUAUUGUUCUUCUAAACCAGGACACGUACUCAUGGAGAUUGUAUUGGUGUUGUGUACUGUCUGAAGCAUGUUGAUGUUGAUGUGAUCUGAGAUGCAGUGAAGAUGGCAGCGGGGACUAAAACUCUUCCUGAUAUUUUCAUCUUUGACUCCAGUCCACAUGAUGCAGUGAUGCGGAUUCUUCUGAUGGGCAGAAACACUUGUGGGAAAAGCUCAUCUGGGAACUUGAUCCUGGGAGAAAAGAGGUUUAAAAGGCAUGAGUCAGAAGUGUGUGAGGGUCAGACUCAGAUCAGAGGGAAGCAGGUCUCUGUGAUUGAUUGUCCAGAUCUACUGGAUCCAGAUCUGAAUGAAGAGCAGCUGGAGAAGAUGAAAGAGCAGCUGGUCUCUGGAUGUUCAGCAGGUCUCAGUUCAGUUCUGCUCACCGUUCCUCUGGAGAAACCUCUGCAAAAUGAGCAAGAGAUCCUGGAUUAUAUUGAGUAUUUGUUUGGUCCUGAAGUUCAGAAGUACAUCAUGAUUCUGUUCACACGUGGAGAUGAUCUGGAGGAUCUGGAUCAGACCAUUGAUGAACAUCUGAAACCCAAAGAUCAUGAGGAUCUGCAGCGACUCGUGACUGAAUGUGGAGGAAAGUCUCACUGUUUCAGUAAGAUGAAGAAAGUGAAGGGUCAAGUUGAAGAUCUGCUGCAGAAGAUUGAAGGAAUGAUGACGGAGAACGGAGGGAGAUUCUUCAUCAAACAGAUGAAGAGGAGCAGCAGCAUGGACGUUCUUAAUGUCAGCUUUUCAGGAAAGAGUUUACCAUAUCCAGUCUCCAGAUGAAGCUGAUGCAGUUCCUGAGAGGAAAGACCAGAUCAGACUGGCUCUGAUGAGAAGAACUGGACUCUGCAAUAGUGCUGCAAACACUAUCAUGGAUAUCAGACAGCAGUGAGAAACUA